UUUUGUUCUGUCACCAUCCUUUUCUGGUCUCCCCUUUUCCGACGGCCAUUUGUGGGUCCGGCCAACAUGAAGACCAUAAAAGCGGAGCAAUUCGUCAAAAUCCCCGAGGGCGUGACGGUGUCCGUCCAUGCCCGGCGCGUGCGCGUGAAGGGCCCCCGCGGGGUGCUUCACCGGGACUUCAGGCACAUCCAGGUGGAAAUGAGCAUGAUUGGCAAGAGGCGUCUGCAGGUGCGCAAGUGGUUCGGCAUCCGCAAGGAGCUGGCCACGGUCCGGACGGUCUGUUCCCAUGUCGAGAACAUGAUCAAGGGAGUAACCAAGGGCUUCCAGUACAAGAUGCGCACGGUGUACGCCCACUUCCCCAUCAAUGUGACGACGUCCCAGAACAACACCCUGGUGGAGAUCCGUAACUUCCUGGGCGAGAAGUACAUCCGCAGGGUGCACAUGCAGCCGGGCGUCACCUGCAUCAACUCGCCUGCCCAGAAGGAUGAGCUCAUCCUCGAAGGAAACGACAUCGAGCUUGUGUCCCGAUCCGCGGCAAGGAUCCAGCAGUCUACCCUCGUGAAGAACAAGGACAUCCGAAAGUUCUUGGACGGCAUCUACGUUUCUGAGAAGACCUCGGUGGUCAAGGACGAGUGAUGGAUCCAGCUGCGAGAGGGGAAGAAAAUAAAGUGUAAAAAC